AUGGCUUCUAUAACAUUGGUUAUUUCAUUUAUUAUUUUGUUAUUAACAAUAUAUUCUUAUUCAGCACCAAUUGAACAACUAUAUGAUACUUCAACAUCGGAAUAUGAAUUUAGUACUGGUACAUUAUUGAUUGAUCAUGAAAAUGGAAUUAAUAUGCAAGUAAUGUCCAAUGAAGAAUCAACUUAUGUACCUGAUGAACAAACAUUUACUAAACCCAAUGUUGUUGAAUUAACAACACCAGAUCAACUUGAAUAUCCUGAUGAUGUAUCACUUCCAUCAAGUACAAUUGAUGAUUUAUUAUUUACAUCAUCACCAAUGUCAUCGAUGUUUGAAACAACAUCAUCAUCAAAUGAAACCAAUGAUCAACAUAUUUCAGAUGAUGAUUCAUCUACAUCUACAGAAUCAAAUAUGCAACCAGAAUCAGAAGUAGUUACACCUAAUAAUGUUCAAAACGAAGUCGAAUCAUCAACAUCAUCAAACAAUGAUGUUGUUCAAAAUAAUAAUGAAAUGGAAACCUCAACAAAUGCUGAACCAUCAUUUGUUGACUCUGAAUCACAAACAUCAACAGUUUCAUCAUCUGUUGAAACUGAAUCGGAUACUACAUCAGAAGUAUCAUCAUCUGAAGAAUCUGAGUCACACACAUCAAUUGCACCUGAAUCAGAAACAACAACAACAUCAUGGUCUGUUGAAUCUGAAUCACAAACAACAACAACAUCAUGGUCUGUUGAAUCUGAAUCACAAACAACAACAACAACAACAACAUCAUCUGCUGAAACUGAAGUCGAUGCAGUGGAAGUGUCAUCAUCAUCAGAAGAAUCUGAAUCACAUACAUCAACAACAACAACUGAAUCAAACACAUCAGAAGCAUCAUCUACUGAACUUGAAUUGGAUACAGUAGAAACAUUAUCAACUGUUCAACCUGAAUUAGAAACAUCAUCAUUAGUUGAUUGGUCCAGUACAUCUACUGGAGUUUUAAAUGAUGAUCAAUUAGAAGAAAAACCAACAAAAUUUGAUUACGGUAAAAGUGAUCAAUCAAGUGAAGAAUCAGAAACAGAACAAUUAACAACAUAUGUUUCAACUGUUUCAGGUCAAGUUGAAAUAAUCGUUGAAGAUGAAUCAGAUGACUGA